GGGGAUGAAUACUUUCGCAAGGCAUUGUAGGUAACGGUAAUGCUAGCCAAUGGGCAUCUGUAAAAUGUUCAUUUUCCAACAAGGAAUUGCUAAAUCAUGCUGGAUUUAGACAAAUCCCCAAAAUGUUAGCUUCCAUGCUGAUUUUAUGUGUUGGAAUCACAUGCACAUACUGUCAAGAACAGAAUCGAUAUGAAACGGAAAUAAAUGUCAUCUCAAAAUAGAACCGAAUCCCUAAAAAGUGAACCAAUGUUGUUUUCAGUCUGUGCCCUUGUAUGGAUACAAGGGUUUUUCAAGGACAUUCAAAGGCCCACCUCAAUGUCACUGGUCAUACUGAGUGAUGGACCCACUAUGUUUAGAGUUUGUCAGUCAGAGGUUUGCUGUGUAAACCUGUCUGCAUUGGACACAGAAUAUGUAUUAUUAUGGCAGGUACCAAUAAGGGACCACUGUGGAGAUCAUAAUCAAGAUGGCUGCUGCGGCAAUUACAUUUGACAGAGGAGAAUUGGAGCAAUGCCUUUGUUAUCAGUAUCUCUGUAAAAGCAGGCAGGGAAAAUAGUCUUCCUUUCUUCAUCUCACAAACCUUCAAUUAACGGUCAUUGAUAGCUGCAUUGAUCCUUCUCAGCCAGCUUGGUGGGGAGGGAGAAAGGAGAUGGGUGAAAUUUGAUUCCUCUUCCUCUGUUGAUAGAGUAACCGUGCAUAUCUCAAAAAGGUUAAACAUUGGUGUUUACAGAGGCUAAAUUGAUAUUUUAAGAGCAGUUUGUGCUGUUUGCAGUUGUGGGAAAAUCUGAGGUGUAUCUGGUAUCUUUUUUCACUACGUACUGUCGGUCUAUCACUUCGGUUAUUCACCAGUUAUUCUUAUGUAUUGUUGUGUUGUAUUUCCUCAGAGCGUCACAGUACAGACUGUUCUGUACAAAUGGUUAAUUAUCAAAUUGAAAAGAGAGACACAAAGACUAGCUCUUGGUGACCAUGAAAUAUGAUUCAGAAGCAUUUCUUUGUAUCGCUGAAAGUUGGUAAAUAACAUCACUCAAGUGAAAUAAAAUGUUUAGAACAAGAACAAAUAGGCUUGUGAAAAUAUAUUUAGUUUUGUUUAUGCAGAUUUAUAGUAUUUGAUUUGAAAAGAAGCGCUGUAUAACUGUUUUAGAGUUACACGAACGUCAAAUCACUUUGUGCUGAGCCCUGUUUGAUGACAUUAAAGAUUGAACUAUAAAUUGAACCCUGUUUAUGAUUGUGACAGCAAUACAUGUGGCGGGAUAUUCUCCAAAUGUUAUUUGUGCCAGCACAUUAAAGUGUGAGUGUUUGUUUUCUCUGCAGCCUGCUUUGAAGUCAUCAUUGAGAGAGAGGCAUUUGAGAAGACUACAAAUACUAGCCUCUAGGUGUUUCUCUCUAAUGCCAGUGGGUGUCGUCCUACUCCCAGAGCUGUAACUGACUGACUGCAAGAGGGACGGGAUGCCUCUACCCAUGUGAUAUCUGCCAUGGAGACCAGAACUUGAUAUCUGGAUCUGGAAGCUGAUAGACAGACAGACCAUGGAUCGUCUGGUUGUGUGUGUGCUGCUGUGUGGACUGCUGUGUGCGGUGCUGGUGAAGGGCUACAACUGCCCCGGCCGCUGCAUCUGCCAGCACCUCUCCCCCACUCUGACUCUGCUCUGCGCUAAGACCGGUCUGCUGUUUGUGCCCCCAACCAUCGACCGCAAGACUGUGGAGCUGCGUCUCACAGACAACUUCAUCACCAUCAUCCGCAGGAAAGACUUUUUCAACAUGACCAGCCUGGUCCACCUCACCCUGUCCCGUAACACCAUCAGCCAGAUUACGCCCCACGCCUUCCUGGGCCUGCGCUCUUUACGAGCCCUCCACAUGGACGGCAACCGCCUCAGUGUCAUCAAGAGCGACCACUUCAAAGGCCUGGUCAACCUCCGCCACCUCAUACUGGGGAACAACCAGAUUCACCACGUGGCCCCAACCUCAUUUGAUGAGUUUGUGUCAACCAUCGAGGACCUGGAUCUGUCCAACAACAACCUGAGGACCCUGCCCUGGGAGGAGAUAGGCAGGAUGAGCCACAUCAACACCCUCACCCUUGAUCACAACCUGAUCGAUCACAUCGGAGCUGGGACUUUCACGCUCCUCACCAAGCUGGUUCGUCUGGAUAUGACCUCCAACCGGCUGCAGAAGCUACCUCCGGACAGCCUGUUUCAGCACGCCCAGGUGCUGUCAGAUGCCAAGGGCUCCAACCCGUCCUCCCUGGCGGUGAGCUUUGGGGGGAACCCUCUCCACUGUAACUGUGAGCUGCUGUGGCUCCGCAGACUGACCCGGGAGGACGACCUGGAGACCUGCGCCUCCCCGGAUCACCUCAUGGACAAGUACUUCUGGUCCAUCCAGGAGGAGGAGUUCAUCUGCGAGCCCCCGCUCAUCACCAAACACCUAUCCACCAAGCCCUACGUCAUGGAGGGCCAGGGGGUCACCCUCAAGUGCAAGGCCAUGGGAGACCCGGACCCGGCCAUCCACUGGCGCUUCCCCGACGGCAAGCUGGUGCACAACAACUCCCGCACCAUCCUGUAUGACAACGGUACCUUGGACAUCCUCAUCACCACCCUGAAGGACAGCGGUGCCUUCAACUGUGUGGCCUCCAAUGCUGCAGGCAUCGCCACAGCUGUCGUGGAGAUCAACAUGAUCCCUCUGCCCUUGUUCGUCAACAACACAUUGCACCACAUGCGCGAGGCCGAUCGGGGCCUCUCUGACAUCACCACCUCCUCCAAGUCAGGCAACGACACCAAGGGCCAUGACAAACACCAGGACAAGAGGGUGGUGGUGGCCGAGCUGACCUCCUCCUCGGCUGUGAUUCGUUGGCCCUCUGAGCGCCACAUCCCAGGCAUCAGGAUGUACCAGAUCCAGUACAACAGCACUGCAGACGACACACUGGUUUACAGAAUGAUCCCGUCCACCAGUAAGACCUUCCUGAUCAACGACCUGGCGGCGGGCCGGGAGUAUGACCUGUGUGUCCUGGCAGUGUACGACGACGGCAUCACCUCUCUGACGGCCACGCGCGUGGUGGGCUGCGUCCAGUUCCACACAGCCAGCGAGGUCAGCCAGUGCCGCUUCAUCCACAGCCAGUUUCUGGGUGGCACCAUGAUAAUUAUCAUUGGCGGCAUCAUUGUGGCCUCAGUACUGGUGUUUAUCAUCAUCCUCAUGAUCUGCUACAAGGCCCACAGCAGCCCAGAGGACAGCAAGGCCAAGGUCAGCUCCAGCAUGCACUCCCAGACCAACGGCAGCCAGCACAGACUCCAGCGCUCCACCUCCAAGCAGCCUGCUGAGGACAGCCACCAGAGAGAAGCCCUACCAGUGGCAGCCAAGGAGUGCAUGGCCCUGGUGCUGAAGGUGGACAAUGACAAGAGGGAGUGGGACACCCCUCCGGCCACCAGGGCCAUCCUGGAAGUGGAGCUGCCCCCCCUGCCCACGGACAAGAUGAAGAGGACCAGCCUGGACGCCCAGCACUCUGGAUCUGGCCCCCCGUCAGAGGACACACAGACAGACAGCAGCCUGACGGGCUCCACCAUGUCCUUGUGUCUCCUAGGCCCCAACGCCGGCACCAAGGAGGCCCCCAGGCUCAAGGACAAGAAGAACGCCCUGGCCAACAUGGGGUUUAAUAACGAGCUGGCACGAACUAGGCACAGGUUCAGCUUUGAUGGGGGAGACUACUCCAUAUUUCAGAGCCACAGUUACCCCCGCAGAGCGCGGACGAGGCGGCACAAGUCCACCGACCAGCUCAACAUGGAGUCCUCGCCGCUGGCCAACCGGAGAGUCACUUUCAGCAGCACUGAAUGGAUGCUGGAGAGCACAGUGUAAGAGAUGCAGCCUGGCCUCUUUGGCUCUGUCACACACACACACACACACACACACCAACAGUUUGACGCAUACACAUCUAACAAAUAAAGUUACAUGCAUACACACACAGACUAGACUCUCAGAGAGAUUUGCUGGAGAAGAACAUAGUAUCCUUUUAUCCUGCCUCCCCUCAUACUCCCAUAGAGACAGAGAGUUGUCGGCCAUUUCGUUAUUUUAUGCAGCAGUGCCUUAUUCUAAAAUAUGUACGAAUGGAGGAUGCUGCUCACUAGUCAUAAACCUUACUUUCUAUCAUGGUUUCCCCCUGUUUCGUAGGGAGUGAUGCUUUGAGUAUUUCUUUUUCUAUGACACACCAAGGGGUGGGGCAAAUGUGACUGUUUUCCAUUUAAUGUUUAAAAAAAAAACAUCACACUGUAAAGUGAACAACCAGGUAUCCUGUAUGUUGAUCAUCCUUUGGGUUCUUUCAAGGACUUUUGCACACGAAGACACGACGAUACGAGGACAAGUAUCACACCAGUCUAUACAAAAAUAAAAAGAUUACAGAACUAUACACAUGCCGAUUAGCAUAGAGAGGAUGGACCUGAUAAACCUGUGGACAACCAUGCUGGUUGGUCUCUGAUAUUACUAGGUAUUGUUCCUGAUGUGACUGUAUUAUAUUAAUCGGUAUUGUAUCUGGCUGGUCUAGAUAAAAAGAUAACUAAAAAUACAUAUAGAAGUAUAUUAAAAACAUUGGUGUAUGUGUACUAACUAUGUAAGUAAGUCAUAAGUCACGACUUUUUACUGAGCAUUUGAGUGUUGGCCACAAGUUUUUACAUUAAAAACCUGUGUCAUCACACUUCCCCCUAUUUAGUAUGACAAGGUUUGGACCACUUAUCCCUUAUGAGAGGGUAUUAAAUUUUGUGUGGGUUAAAUGUA